AUGGACCAAGUAAAUGGCUCUGUGGUAACAGAAUUUGUGUUACUGGGACUUACACAAUCCUUAGGGAUGCAGUUUUUACUUUUUCUCUUCUUCUCUGUAUUGUAUUUGGGGAUUAUCCUGGGAAACCUCUUCAUUGUGUUCACAGUGAUUUUUGAUUCCCACUUACAUACACCCAUGUAUGUUCUGUUGGCCAACCUAUCACUCAUUGACCUAGCCCUUUCAUCCACCACAGUUCCUAGGAUGAUCUCUGAUCUUUUCAGUGACUGUCAAAUCAUUUCCUUCCACAACUGCAUGCUACAAAUAUUCUUUAUCCAUGUCACAGGAGGAGUGGAGAUGAUGCUGCUCAUAGCCAUGGCAUAUGACAGGUACAUAGCAAUCUGCAAGCCUCUCCAUUAUCUAACUAUUAUGAAUCCCAAAAUGUGCAUGUUUUUAGUAGUUGCUGCUUGGAUAACUGGAGUGACUCAUGCUUUGGCCUUUGCAGUGAACUUACCUUUCUGUGGUCCCAAUGAGGUAGACAGCUUUUAUUGCGACCUUCCUAGGGUCAUCAAACUUGCCUGCACAGAUAGCUAUAGACUAGAGUUCAUGGUCACAGCCAACAGUGGACUUAUCUCUGUGGGUUCCUUCUUCAUAUUGAUUAUUUCCUACAUCUUCAUUCUGGUCACUGUUUGGAAAUACUCCUCAGGUAGUGUAUCCAAGGCUCUCUCCACCUUGUCAGCUCACAUCACUGUGGUGGUCUUAUUCUUUGGGCCAUUAAUUUUCUUUUACACCUGGCCCUUCCCUUCAUCACACUUGGACAAAUUUCUUGCUAUCUCUGAUGUUGUUCUCACUCCUUUUCUGAAUCCAGUCAUCUAUACAUUCAGGAACAAAGAGAUGAAGGCAGCAAUGAAGAAACUGUGCCAUCAGCUUGUGAGUUACAGGAAGAUGCCCUAA